ACCCUUCCGUCCAAUAUGGCGGUGACGGCGCCGCCGAGUCACGCUGUGCCCUCACCCAAUAUGGCGUCCGGCCUUACAUAUAGGACAGGGCGAGGCCACGCCCCCAUCCUGCCCUCACCCAAGAUGGCGCUGGCCAGCCUGCUGCCGCCGGAGCUGCCCGUCAACCGGCCCGGCUUCUUCGGGCUGGCGGGACGCUGCGAGCUCCAGGCCCCGGACUCCGCGCCCCGGGCCCCCGGCUUGCACGCCCGCCCUGGGGGCUCCCGGCCGGCGGGGGACGCCGGGAUCGAGCUGCUGCACGGGACCACCACGCUGGCCUUCAAGCUGCAGGAGGGCGUGGUGGUGGCAGUGGGGGGCACUUGGACCCCCGGGCCACGCCGGAUCUCCUACGUGGCCUCGCAGACGGUGAAGAGGUGAUUGAGAUCAACCCUACUGCUGGCCCUCGCGGCGGCGCCGACGGACUGCAGCUCCUGGGGGCGGCGUCUGGCCGCAGUGCCGCACUACCAGCUGCGCAACAAGGAGCGCGUCCCGGGCCGCCGCCUCCUGCUGGCCAACAUGGUCUAUCAGUACAAGGGGCUGGGGCUCCACAAUGGGCACCAUGAUCGCGGCUGGACAAGCGGGCCAGGCCUGUACUAUGUGGACAGCGAGGGGAACCGCCUCUCGGGCACGGCGUUCUCCGUGGGCUCGGGCUCGGUGUACGCCUAUGGGGUGCUGGACCGUGGCUACGCGCCCGACAUGCCGGCCGAAGAGGCGUACGACCUGGCCCGGCGCGCCAUCUACCAGGCCACCUACCGCGACGCCUACUCCGGGGGCGAGGUCAACCUGUACCACGUCCAGCGGGACGGCUGGGUCCGCGUCUCCACCGACGACGUGGCCCAGCUCCACGCCCAGUACCGUGGGGACCCGCAGGGGGACGGGGCCGCCUGAGCGUAAGGGGGCUGGGAGGGGGCCUGCAUUGGCCACGGGGGUUCCCCGUAGGUUACAAAGGAAGGGGCGUGGCUGGGCUAAGUGCAUGUGGCAGGGGGCAUGGCCUAUAAUGGGGUGGUAGGGCCAUGGGGUGGCUGGGGGGCCCAUGGCGCGUGGACCCUGCUGGUUCCCUAUAAAGCUUGUUUCUGCCCCA